AUGGCUACCGCAAGGACGAUCCACUUGUCCACCGAGGACUCCGGGGUAUAUCGAUUCAAUCCUAGAGCUGAGUCUGCGUUAAAGGCAAGCCAGCUCCUACAGCAAGACUUAAAGUCCCAUCAUAUAUUUUUCAACGAGAUCGGGUUUCACAACCACAUUGUUCACCAUCUUCUAUCGAUUUUCGCACUUGGUGCCACUCCUGAACAUAUUCAAACUGCCUUUGACCGGAAUUCAGCAUAUCAGCGUCCCGCACUUCCUGCUGAUGAAGGCAUCGUUAGGAAAUUGAGCAACAAGCACGAAUUCAGAGCACUGGCUGGUAAAAGGGAUGAGUAUCCACAUUUUUUAGAGUUUUUCCAGCGAGAAAUUGACUCAAGAGGUAUCGAGGCCACUGUUAAUGAGUACUUGUUUAAUGGGGAUGACUUUGCCGAUGAAAUGCUUGCUCGAGCUUUUGGAGGUAAGCUACAAUUACUCCCGUUAAAAAGACAACCCCAUGCUAAUUGGGUUAUGAAUUAUUAUCUAGGCCUUCUACACCCAUUUAUUCAUUUGGGAUUUGGUCUAGAGUUCAAACAGCCUGCAAUUGUUGCCCAGGCUCUUGCGCAAGCCGCCGUCCAUGAGUCUACUCUAAAGGGCUUCUUUAUGGAAACAGAAGCAAAAUCGGGCGGCGUUGGUAAUGCAGGGACCAAAAAUUUGGUCGAUCUUCAGAACGAAUGUCGUGCGGACCCGUGUCUACGGGGUUCAUCCCACUGGUCUGACACCAAUAAAGUUUUUGAUGGGGUACUGAAAAGAGCCCCUGAAGAAAUGAUUAAAUACGCCAGCCAGUUCACCGUUGAAACCAAUCAAAUUAAUGAGCGGUUAGCUGAACAGGUCAACGCCGUCGUUUACUAUACUGGUACGGCCCAAAAUCCACCAAAAAAAAUUAAGUUUGACUUUUUUUACAUUCAUUGCGUGAACAGCGCCAUUUUUUUACCUGUUUUCAUAUCAUUGCCUUGGAUCAGUAAGCACAAUAAGCAACGCUUGCUUGAAUGGAAAGGUAGAAUGGAUCUCUUGGUAUAUGUGUCUCGGGCUUGCCCAGAACCGCGGGUAAAUGAAAUCAUAAAUUACAAAGCAACCAAAACAUGGCAACAAAUUUUUGAAGCGUCGUUUGCGAGUGCACGAGAGGAUGGCCAUGCUGCAAAGUUAAUGCGAACUCUUGCGUACGGAGAGCAAUCUGAAAGACCCUCGAAUAGUACAGGGGGGUUUCCUGUGAAGGGGGAUAUGUGGGCCAAACUUGGAAACAUGGUUGCAGAUUCGAUUCAAGGACCAGAAGAAAUGUGGGUGAGGUCGUCCGGCUUUGUGGAAGCCUGGAAAGACAUACCAGACCGAUUUUAG